CUAGCAAAUAUAUGAAAAAAGAAAAACAAUUCUGAUUUCUUUCUUAAAUUUUUGAUAUUUUCUUGUUAAAAAUCAAACUUUCCAUACUAGAAUGACAUCUCGAAAAGCCAGUCAUGCUGGAAGUUGGUAUACGUCAAACCCUGAAUUGGAGCCAAAAGAUGUUCAGGAGAUUACAGAAGCUGGUUCUAUCGAUGAAUGCCUUUCAUUGUUGCGAUUGAAAACAGAAAAGUUGGAGAAUACUGAAGAAACAUCAUGCCCUGGUGUCAAUAAGAUGUUAAACUUAAUGAAUGAACUGCAAACUUCAAUCGGAUCCUUUCAUGAAAACGAAAAAGAAUUCUCAAAACUUUCUAAAGACGUUAACGAUGAAAUGAUCUUGCUUGAAAAUCGCACUGAGUUGAACAAUCAAUUAGAUAACUGGCUAGGUCAAGCAGAGUUGAGUUAUGGACCAGCAAGAGGAAUCAUCGCUCCUCACGCUGGAUAUUCAUAUUCUGGAGAGACUGCAGCAUGGGCAUACCGCCAAAUUAGUCCUGCAACCGUGAAGAGAAUUUUUAUUCUUGGACCAUCUCAUCAUGUACGUCUGAGAAAAUGUGCUUUAUCUGUUUGUAAAAAGUACGAAACACCACUUUAUGAUCUCAAAAUUGACACAGGAAUUGUCGCGGAAUUAGAUGCGACGAAGGAAUUUCAAUGGAUGGAUCUGAAAACAGACGAAGACGAACAUUCGUUAGAAAUGCAUCUGCCAUAUAUUGCGAAAGUUAUGGAAGAUUUUAAGAAUGAAUUUACAAUUGUUCCAGUAAUGGUUGGAAGUUUAGAUCCAGACGUUGAACAAAUGUAUGGAGAGAUAUUUGCACCUUACCUUGCUGAUCCACAAAACUUGUUUGUGAUUUCAUCAGACUUCUGUCAUUGGGGAAGCCGGUUUCGUUAUUCUUAUUAUGAAAAGUCGGCUGGACCGAUCUGGAAAUCGAUCGAGAACUUGGAUAAGAGCGGAAUGGAUCUUAUAGAAAGAUUAAAUCCUGAACCAUUCACAGCGUACCUUCGAAAAUAUCAGAACACAAUAUGUGGACGCCAUCCAAUUUCUGUGUUCUUAAAUUCAAUCACAGCACUGGCCAAACAAAAUUACCAAUUGAGCUUUAAGUUUUUGAGAUAUGCUCAAAGUAACAAAGUCACCCAUAAUAAUGAUUCAAGCGUUUCAUAUGCCAGUGGAAGCUUGAUUUUUAAUUGAUCAGUAUGUCGUUUGAUUUACAAUAACACGAAAGCUUUUAAUUCUAACGAGAUAUCGAACAGAAGAUUUAUAAAUAUGCAAUGAUUGAAGGUCAAUAAAAUGUUUCUAGAAAAUAAUUAGAAAAACAAUAUCUUAGGAAUAUCAGAAUAAAUGUCUUGGAAUAAAAUUUUCACGAUUGUCAUUAGUAUAAAGAAUUAAAUUUUUAUACAUCAUCAAUUUUCUUUUAAAAGAGCCAAAAACAAUAAAGGAAAAGGCUUGAGAAUCUUUACUAAGAAAUUAAACGUUUCAAAAUCUGUGG